AUGAGCGUGGGCUUAGCCAUAGUAGGAUUCGGUUGGCGAACAGCGCGCUUCUGUGUUCCUGCACGUCAGACGUGUCGCUCAGUCAGUCCUGUGCAGUCAAACCUCCCUGAUCUCCAUCUUGAGGAGAUUCCCGCUCCAUCUGUUUCCUUUAGGAGUUUACUAAACGAAAAAUGGGAGAAAUAAGGCUGCCGAGGCACAUGUUCCUGUGGUGUUUGUCUGCUAUUUAUAUGUUUGCCUUCGCGUCUGUUUACGUGCAGAUUCCAGGUCUGUAUGGGAAUGAAGGUGUGCUGCCGGCACGGUGGCAGCUGCGGGUGUCUGGCAAGAGUGUUGUUGAGCAGCUGAAGGAUUUUCCCACCCUGCUGUGGUUCGGUCCUCGUCUGGGUUUGGACACGCAGCAGUGCAUGGAGCUGCUGAGUCUGACCGGAACUCUGCUCAGUUUAAUGACUCUGGCUCUGCCGGUGCUCAGAGACUGCAGAGUCUUCCUGGUGCUCUGGAUACUCUAUCUGUCCCUUUACCAGGUGGGGCAAGUUUUCUUAUACUUUCAGUGGGAUAACCUCUUGCUGGAGACGGGAUUCUUGGCCAUUCUUAUCGCUCCCAUGAAAAUGCCCUGGUCUUCGAAGGUGCGUCUGCAUGACAACGUGACUUUCUGGCUGGUACGCUGGCUGUUGUUUCGCCUGAUGUUUGCGUCGGGUGUCGUCAAACUGACCAGCCGCUGUCCCACCUGGUGGGGCCUGACAGCUUUGACCUAUCACUAUGAGACCCAGUGUAUCCCGACCCCGCUGGCCUGGUUUGCUCAUCAGCUGCCGGUGUGGUUCCAGAAACUCAGUGUGGUGGGAACAUUUGUUAUCGAGAUCGCUGUUCCCUUCAUGUUCUUCAGCCCCAUACGAAGACACAGACUCAUCGCCUUCUACUUGCAGGUCCUGCUUCAAGUGUUUAUCGUCCUGUCUGGGAAUUAUAACUUCUUUAAUAUUCUCACCAUCACCCUGUGCCUGUCACUGCUGGAUGACCAACAUGUGAACUUCUGGCUCCGAAGACCCACACCAAAGACCGAGAGCACAUUGUUCCAGACUCUUUUCUCUGGACUGGCUUUGAUGUUAGAGAUCGGCACAUACGCUGUGCUUGGCUACUGGACCGUCAAAUACUUUGACCUGCAGGUGGACUGGGAAAAGAAGAGCGUCUCCUCCAAAACAGCAUUUACGUAUUUUGAGUUCAAUGGCUUUCUGAAGACUGUUACGGUGCCCAGUAUCUGGAUUGGUGUGCUGUCUCUCACGUGGGAGAUUAUUUCCUCCAUGUUUAAGUGUGCAUGUGUGAGAGGAGUGUUGUGGCGUCUCUGGAGCACAAUCCAGUGGGCAGUCAUGGCUGCGGCUACGGUCUCCAUGUUUGCUAUCAGUCUGGUUCCUUACACCUACAUAGAGUACGAUGCCCACAGUAACCUCUGGCCUGGGAUCCGGACAGCAUUUGAGGUGACCGACCGUUACCAGCUGGUCAACUCGUAUGGAUUAUUCCGGAGGAUGACCGGGGUCGGAGGUCGUCCAGAAGUGGUGAUUGAGGGCAGCAUGGAUCGCAACACAUGGACGGAGAUUGAGUUCAUGUAUAAGCCAGGGAACAUGAGCGCAGCGCCCCCUGUGGUGACUCCGCACCAGCCCAGGCUGGACUGGCAGAUGUGGUUUGCUGCUCUGGGGCCGCACACACAGAGCCCCUGGUUCAGCAGCCUCCUUCACAGACUCCUGCAGGGCAAACGAGACGUGAUCAGACUCAUUCAGACAGAUGAGUCUCAGUAUCCGUUCAGCAAACAGCCUCCUGCGUACCUCCGAGCUCACCGCUAUAAAUACUGGUUCAGUGAGCCCAAAGAAGACGGGUCAUACCCCCAGCGAUGGUGGAGACGGGUUUACGUGGAAGAGUUCUAUCCCAUGGUGCACCUUGGUGACUCUUACCUUGAACAAAUGCUGGUUCAGCAUGGUUUAAAGGAUAAGGCUCCUCCAAGGCGCAGCUCGAAAGCUUGGCUCCCGCAAUUAUUGCGCCGUGUUGGUGAACGUGCACGUGAGAUUCCAGCUCCUCUCCUGCUCUGGACUCUCUUCAGCUCAGCAGCGACCGUGUGCCUCCUCAACUCUCUGCUGUCACGUGCACAUCAUCAGCAACACGAACCGCUCCAGAACAAACACGCAGAUAAACAGCGCGCAGAACGGACCGACUCCAAAGUGACAGAAGAGGAGAAGAAACACGAAGAGCAGAAAGAGGAAGAUGAAAAGGAGCAGGAAGAGAAUGCAACAAGUGAAGAAGAACAGGAAGAAGAAAUCGAAGAAGAAGAGAAUACAGAGGACAUGGAAGAGGACAGCCUCAGGAAAAGGAAGUGAGGUCUUUUUCAGGCUUUAAAUGAAACUCUGGACUUUAACACCAGCUCAGGGUAAUGUCAUCUACCGCAAAACAUCAGCACUUACAGCUUCAUAGUGUCAAAACAUUGACUUUUCUGUUUUCCCAGGCAGUUUUGAGAGAGAGUAGACAGUGUAGUGACGCAUUCACGUGUUCCAGUAGUGUCCUGGAUUUGCCUUCCAGUUUAGUUCAGCUAAACACGAUCAAAACAAGGGAUUUUGUUGUCUGGCCUUCGAUUGCUUUGACAGGUAAAUGCAAAACAAGGUAGGUUAUUGUUUUUCCCAGUGCGCACUAACUGUUUUAUAUUUUUUUAACAAACACCCAGGAUGUCUUCCACCAUGAGACCUAAACAACUGUAAAUCUGUACAUUCAAAUGCACAUGCUGGGCCUCAUUAAAUGGAAAAGUGAAAUUUAUGUAUUUAAAAUCAUAUUUACAUAAAUUACACAUUGAAUCGAAUGCAACAAAAUAUUUGUUCGAUUAUUUUUGUUUGUGUUUUAUGAAUGAAGCCCAGUAUGUGCUGCGCCUUACGAUAUACCAAGAGUAUCAGAGAAAUCUAGGUUUCAGAAAAUAUUUUAAAUAGUUUUCCAUUUUGCCUGUCAUCUUGUAUAGGUGGUGUUAUUCGACAAGAAAUGGUUUAUCAGACUGUAACUGGUUACGGUCUGUGAUAUUUGUGUAUUGUGUUGUAUUGUAAUAACAUAUUUCACCACUGUGAUGUAGUAUUUGUAUGUGUAUUGUGUUAAUAUGAGAGAAGAUGCACCAAAAAAACACUCAGCUUUAAUGUUUUGUAAUAUUUUUAAUAAACAUAGAAAAAUAUA